UAUUAGUCUUAAUGUUGUCCUUAUUUUGGAUUUGUGUGUCAUUUUGAAAGGGAUUACGUAGGCCUACAUUUCUGGAUGGGAUUGGUUCAAAACUAAAAACAUGAUCAAAUGGGAAAACAGAAUCAGCAGAUAUUUAUUCCUGAUGAUAUUACUACUCUGUGUGGUCAUCUACAUUGAAUACACAAGGACAUUCACACUCAUGACAUGGAAGAAGCAGUAUAAAUUACAGACUCUAGGCCGACCUCCUGACUUUGUGAGUGACAUGACAGACAGACUGACGGAGAUGUUGAAUGCAUCAACGGAUAUGCAGUCGUACAAGGUCACUAAUAAGUGCAACAAUUUGUGGUGGGCUUGUCGGUCUGAAAGUUGCUCUAGACAUUUAAGUCAGAACCCUAAAGAAAGACUCUGGGACAUACUGUCACCAAAACUGACACUGGCAGACCAGGAGCGUGAAAAGAUCGUCAGUUUGUCAUCCCAGAUCCCUGCCAGCAACAUCAUCUUCGCCACUGCCACGUCUGCUAAUCAUUACUAUGAAAGUCAGGCCAUGAUUCACAGGUUACACACAGUUGUCUUCCCUUAUGUUCCGAACAAGACUUUUGUUUUGCUAGAUCUAGGACUCACAAAGGAGCAAAGAAAUAAAACUGAGAAAGCGUGCCAAUGUCACGUGAUAUCAUUUCCGUUUGAAUUGUUUCCCACACAUUUUCGAGAGCUGCAUUCAUGUGCUUGGAAACCCGUUUUUAUCAUGGCUUGCAUGAUGAAAACAAAGAAACUGGUCGUUUAUCAAGACGCCUCAAUCUACUGGAAAGAGCAUAUUGUGGAGUUGUUAGAUAGGGGAGAUAAGCUUGGCCUACAGGUGUGGGGGGGAAGAGGCAUGCAUAACAUCCCUGGAGCUACUUUGAAAGGGAUGUUUGAUUUCUUUGGGGACCAGCCUUGUGCUUACAUAAACUAUACCCAGCUUCAAGCUGGUGUCAGUGUAUUUAAACAAACUCCAUUUGUAGUUCGGGCCAUACUCGAACCUUGGGCGAAGUGCGUGAUGGAGCUAGACUGCUUCUGUCCGAACUGCACUCGGGGAUACAGAGACUGUUCCAGCAGAAACAACACGCUACACAGGUGUCACAGGCAAGUGCAAUGCGGAACUAAACACAACAACACAAAUCAGAAGUAG